UUUAUUUGAUCAUAGUUUUACAUGACAGAGGAGCCUUCAGAUGAGGAUCCAAAGAUACAGGAGAAACUUCCCAUUUUUAUGCAUAGGUUCAAAGACAUAUGGACAGCCAUGUAGAAAUAUGAUUGAACAUGAAGGGCAUGAUCUAAUACUGAUGGACUGAGCAACGAAGCCCAGCAAGACCCAUCUGUGAGAUUCUUUUUGGCCUCUCUGAGCAGUGUUCUUUUUUUCUUGGUAUGGAGUAAGACCUCCCUGGAAUGGAGGUCUUAUGAUCUACAAUCCAGUAAGGUGGCCUUUUGCCCCACCCCCAGCAUACAAUGAUGGAAAUAGCCAAUGUGAGUUCUCCAGAAGUCUUUGUCCUCCUGGGCUUCUCUGCACGACCCUCACUAGAAACUGUCCUCUUCAUAGCUGUCUUGGGUUUUUACGUGGUAUCGAUCUUGGGCAAUGGCAUCAUCAUUCUGGUCUCCCGUAUGGAUGUGCACCUCCACACGCCUAUGUACUUCUUUCUUGCCAACCUCUCCUUCCUGGACAUGAGCUUCACCACGAGCAUUGUCCCACAGCUCCUGGCCAACCUCUGGGGACCACAGAAAACCAUAAGCUACGGAGGGUGUGUGGUCCAGUUCUAUAUCUCCCAUUGGCUGGGGGCAACUGAGUGUGUCCUGCUGGCCACCAUGUCCUAUGACCGCUACGCUGCCAUCUGCAGGCCACUCCAUUACACUGUCAUUAUGCAUUCACAGCUUUGCCUUGGGCUAGCUUUGGCCUCCUGGCUGGGGGGUCUGACCACCAGCAUGGUGGGCUCCACGCUCACCAUGCUCCUACCGCUGUGUGGGAACAAUCGCAUCGACCACUUCUUUUGCGAGAUGCCCCUCAUUAUGCAACUGGCUUGUGUGGAUACCAGCCUCAAUGAGAUGGAGAUGUACCUGGCCAGCUUUGUCUUUGUUGUCCUGCCUCUGGGGCUCAUCCUGGUCUCUUACGGCCAUAUUGCCCGGGCCGUGUUGAAGAUCAGGUCAGCAGAAGGGCAGAGAAAGGCAUUCAACACCUGUUCUUCCCACGUGGCCGUGGUGUCUCUGUUUUACGGGAGCAUCAUCUUCAUGUAUCUCCGGCCAGCCAAGAGCACCUCCCAUGAGCAGGGCAAGUUCAUAGCUCUCUUCUACACCGUAGUCACUCCUGCGCUGAACCCACUUAUUUACACCCUGAGGAACACGGAGGUGAAGAGCGCCCUCCGGCACACUAUAUUAGAGAACUGCUGUGGCUCUGCAGGCGAGCUGGCGCAAAUUUAGAGACUCCAGUCCCUUCUGAGAAGGAAGAUCAAGUUUACAAAGAGCAAACUGACCUUGGAGGACAGGGCACUUGGGAUGUCGUUUUUCUUCUAAUAUUGUUUGAGCUCAAGGUAGAUGGAAAUCUGAAAGGAGUGUGCUCAUGCCAUUUCCAGACCAAGAAAAUACAUUUAUUGUUUGCUAAUUUUCAUAUUUUGUUAAAUUGCAUUGUUGGGUUUUGCUAUAUAUACACGGUGACUGUCAUCCUGUUUUGUAAACUCCUUGCGUUGUUACACAGCUGUUCCUCAGUAUCCGAAGCGGGUGCAUUCCAGGACGCUCCGUGGAUAAUAAACUUUGACGAUGCUGAGAGCGCGCGGGGACACCGGAGCCGGCCUGCUCCCCAGAGCCCCCGGAGCCCUCCCAGCCCUCGGCCCUGCGCCUGGGGUGAGCUAGGCCCGGGCCAGGCCGCGGCCUCCGCCUUGCAGGCUCCGGAACCCUCGCUGUGGCUCCCCCGCUGGGCCCAGGCCUUGAAGCCGCGGCGAACCUCUUCCUACCCUACCUCGGGGACCUGAUGGCAGCGGCGGCCUCCCCAAGCCCGGACCCCGCCGACCGCGGGUCUCCCGGCCCAACCCUACCGACCCAGACCAAGACCGCGCCGAGCCGCCGGGACUCAGCGCUUUCGGGUGGCGGCGGUAAGCGGGGAGGAAACAUGGCGCCGCCCAAAUGCGCCCGGCCGUUAGGCUGUGGAGGGCGGAGAAGGCGGUUCAGAGGCGCGGGCUCGGCUGCCCGUUUAGGCCACGGAGCCGGCAGGUCCACGUCCCGGGCGACCGCUCUGUCGCAGCUGGGCGAGACCUACCUAGUCCUGACGGGUCGUAUUUCCAAGACAUUUUCAGAUUCCAUCCAUUGUUUGUGUGCAUUUUAUUACUUCUUUAUAUAGAGGUGACAACGCCAAGCUUUUUUGAAAUGUCUGUUCCUUCUAGAUGUUCUGAAGUACCCGAUACAUGUUAAAAUUAGAGGUAGUAAAAUGACACAUUUUGUAAAUAACUUUUUGUUAAAAUUCAUAGGAAAUGUUAUUUUGUGAGGGGGGAUGGCAUGGUGUUUGUGGACUGGUUCAGGGAAGGACGGGUAAAGGGAGGUGCAGAGAGCUCUAAGCCAGUGUGCUUACAGUGAGGCGAGAUUCACCAUUGUUUCUUAUGAUUGUGCAUUUUGUUUUACUUAUCUGUGUAUACAGUGUAUCUAAAGGACAAACGAGUCCUAUUUACAACAGCUAGUCUUUCUAGAUGUUAAAGAACUUUUAUCAAUAGAGUAACCUAUCACUAGAGUUCACCUCUAUCAAUAGAGUAACCUCAUUCUCUGCCUGAUGAUUCAAAGGCAUGGGAAGAGCAAAACCAUGUGGCAGUUCCUGUUUUUGAUUUUAUUAUAUAUAUGUAUAUAAUAUGAAAGUAGUCUUUCCUUUCGUACUAGGAUCUUCCAAUUCACUGUAUUAGUCAGGGUUCUCCAGAGAAACAGAACCAAAAAUAUGUGUAAAAGAGAAUAUAUACACAAAUACACACACACACACACACAUACACACACCCUGAGGGAGAGAGAGAGAUAAAAGAGUGAGAGAGAUUGAGAGUUAAGAAACAGGCUCACACAAUUUAGGGAACUGGCGAGUCUGAAAUUUGCAGGGCAAGCCAGCAGGCUGUAAAUUUUGACAGUGGUUGAUGUUGCAGCUUGAGUUCAAAGUCUGGAGGCAAAAUUCCGUCUUUCUGGAAGCAGGUCAGUCUUUUCUCUUAAGGCUUUCAACUGAUCGGAUGAGGCCCACUCACAUUAUAAAGGGUAAUCUGCUUUACUAAAAGUCUACUGAUUUAAAUGUUAAUUGCAUCAAAAAAAAAAAAAAACACCUUCACAGUAACACCUAGGCUUGUGUUUGAACAAAAACUGGGCACCAUAGUCCAACCAAGUUGAUACAUAAAAUUAACCAUCACACCAAACCCAAACUUUCAGUGAAGCAAAAUUCUUCAAUUGGAUUAUUAUGCAUCAUGUACAAGACACUCUCAUGUCUUGUUGGU